CAGCAUGUAAGCUAAUUAUCUUGGGCAAGAUGUAGGCUUCUAUUGUCUUGUUGCUUUAGUGCCUAUGCCCCGCCUCUGGUGGCAGCCUAAAACCUGGCGUCUGGCUAAAACAAACGAAAGGCAGCCCUGAGCCUCCACUCAAUCCAAUUAAGGCGGACUUCGUCCACUCGGUUACGUGUACAUCCAACAAGAUCGGCGUUAAGGCAACACCAGAAUAUUUGGCAAAAAAGAUUUGCCUCCCCUUCCCCCUUUUUUUUCAGCCGCCGAAUCAUGUCGAUGAGCCCAAAGCAUACGACUCCUUUCUCAGUGUCUGACAUCUUGAGUCCCUUGGAGGAAAGCUACAAGAAAGUGGGCAUGGAGGGUAGCAACUUGGGGGCUCCCUUGGCAGCCUACAGGCAGUCUCAGGUUUCUCAGCCAGCAAUGCAGCAGCACCCCAUGGGCCACAACGGGACAGUGACUGCUGCCUACCAUAUGACAGCGGCAGGCGUCCCCCAACUCUCCCAUACCACUAUGGGGGGCUACUGCAACGGCAACCUAGGCAACAUGGGAGAGCUUCCACCUUACCAGGAGACCAUGAGGAACAGUGCUUCAGCCACAGGAUGGUACGGGGCCAACCCGGACCCGCGCUUCUCUACAAUAUCCCGCUUUAUGGGGCCGUCUUCUGGAAUGAACAUGGGCGGCAUGGGGAGCUUGAGCUCGCUGGGAGACGUUAGCAAGAGCAUGGCACCUCUCCAGAGCACUCCGCGGAGGAAACGCAGGGUCCUUUUCUCCCAGGCCCAGGUUUACGAGCUGGAGAGACGUUUCAAGCAGCAGAAAUACCUCUCGGCUCCGGAGAGAGAGCAUUUAGCCAGCAUGAUACAUCUCACUCCGACUCAGGUCAAAAUCUGGUUUCAGAACCACCGCUACAAGAUGAAACGCCAGGCCAAAGACAAAGCUGCGCAGCAGCAGAUGCAACAGGACAACAGCUCUUGCCAACAGCAGCAGUCUCCCAGAAGAGUGGCGGUGCCCGUGCUUGUCAAGGAUGGCAAGCCAUGUCAAGCCGGCUCCAACACACCGACGGCAGCUAUCCAGACCCAUCAGCAGCAGGCAGCUGCAGCAAUCACAGUGGCUACCAAUGGCAACAGCCUUGGACAGCAUCAGAACCACCAGCCAAACAGUGCAGGGCAGUCUCCAGACCUGGGACAGCACUCAGCCAGCCCUUCGUCUCUCCAGAGCCAGGUCUCCAGUUUGUCUCACUUAAACUCUUCUAGUUCUGACUAUGGCACUGCCAUGUCUUGCUCUACCUUGCUCUACGGUAGGACCUGGUGAGAGGAUAU